AUGCAUCUACCAGUGGACUCGGUUGGUUGCGGGGAGAAUUACGAUUCCGUCGGGUCCUCGCAGCAAGGAACGCACUCCCGGUACCCCGAGGACGCUGACGGGAACCGCGCGACUGCCGUGGGCGCUCCUCUGGGCUCCGUCAACGGGAGCGGGGGCGAAAUGAGCGAGGGAGCCGCCGUCGGGGAGCUCUGGUGGACCGAGAGGCUUGUUGGUGAGGCCCAGGCUGAGCAUCCUGGGGAGCUUGUCAGGACUGGGUCGCCGUACUUCCUCUGCAGCCAAUUGCCGACGCACUGGCGGUCGAACAAGACCCUACCAGUGGCGUUCAAGGUCGUGGCCCUCGGGGACGUGGGUGACGGGACCCUGGUGACGGUAAGGGCUGGAAAUGACGAGAAUUGUUGUGCAGAAUUGAGAAACUCGACGGCGUUGAUGAAGAACCAGGUGGCGAAAUUCAACGACCUGAGGUUUGUCGGACGGAGUGGCAGAGGGUCGCCGUACUUCCUCUGCAGCCAAUUGCCGACGCACUGGCGGUCGAACAAGACCCUACCAGUGGCGUUCAAGGUCGUGGCCCUCGGGGACGUGGGUGACGGGACCCUGGUGACGGUAAGGGCUGGAAAUGACGAGAAUUGUUGUGCAGAAUUGAGAAACUCGACGGCGUUGAUGAAGAACCAGGUGGCGAAAUUCAACGACCUGAGGUUUGUCGGACGGAGUGGCAGAGAAGUAUUGGAAAUUCAUUAG